AGGUCACCACAAAAUUGUUUGUCGAGAUGGAGGGAUAUUGGUCAGAUCUUGGAUUGGGAACAGAAUUGAAUCUCGCGCAUUGGAUGAUGAGAUUUAUGACGGAUUCUACAUUUAUAAUGAUCGCAAACGAGAAUGUUUAUGCUCUUGCGAACUAUUUUAAUACGCUUCCCGAUUCAAAUAAAGAUACACACAGACUUUUAAGGAAAUUAUAUCCGCCUUACAGGCGUAAGUCAAAACAGUUAUUGAGUGAUGUUGCUUGGUUGUAUGAAAAGGUUUCUGAGCUUGUCAAAGAGCGACAGAAAAAAAUUGAAAAUACAUCACCAGAUGACUUGAGUGCGGACAUGUUAACAAUGAUGUUAACGUCUAAUACUUCUCGUAAGGACAACAUCUCUAGACCAAUGGAUGUGGACGAAAUUCGAGCCAACUUAUACGAAGUUAUCGGUGGUGGUAUUGACACGGUUG